GAAGCCACCAGGCCAUGGACCGCUUGCAGAGUGCGUUCGGGAAGAUCCCUAUAUAUUGCUUCCUUGCGGAAUGCGUGGGCGUUGCUCUCUUUGCCUUCUUCGGAGGAGGAUGUAGUGCGAACUCCGUCAACUCAGGAUUGCCAACAGCCGCGCUCGGCAACGGCUUCUGCCUCGGCAUCCUCAUCUACGCCACCGCAGGAAUCUCUGGAGGACACUUGAAUCCAGCUGUGUCUACCGCAUUCCUGAUGACGAACAGACUGGGAAAGCAACGAUACCUCCUGUACAUCACUGCACAGCUCCUGGGUGCUGUCUUGGGUGCAUUCUUGCUUAGGAUCGCGCUGCCCCCCGAGUUCCUGUCGACUCCCUUCACCACGUCUGGAAGCUUGACCACGGCGUUCCCAACUCAGGUCUUCUUGCUCGAGUUCAUCUGCUCCUUCCUCCUUGUGUACACUGUGUUCGCUUGCGCUGUCGACAAGCAUGGCUCCGCCAUGAACGCUGCUCCUCUUGCCAUCGGCCUCUCCUGCGCUGCAGGCAUCUUUGCUGAGGGCCCAUACACUGGAGGCUCCAUGAACCCCGCCCGCAUGAUCGGAGCAGCCGUCGUCUUCUGGGACUUCACGCACAUGAUCCUUUAUGUCGUCUCUUCCAUUGCUGGCGGCGCCUGCGCUGGAGUCGUGUACAAUAGUCUCUAUCUGGAGGAUCAGCCUGCAGAGCCUGAGGACAGGGACGAGGAAGAAGAGCUCUUCGAGCCCUCCAAGUGA